UGAAAAUCAUUUUGCCGUCAUCGUGCUCACUCAAGAGUACCCUCUGGGUAAUUGCGCCCUAAGCUUUUUUCCAGUGACUGAGCAAUUUCCAUUUUCAUUCUGUAACGGGGAAGAUAGAUAUUGAUGAUAAAAUUAAUGCACUGGUAUAAUAUGAUUAUUCCUAGGAUCACAAUAUGGCCGGACAUUAGCAGCCAUGAAGUGCACAUCCAAGUGCUGCUAAUUUAUUGUGUGUUUUUCUCUUCUUCGAGCAUGUAAAUCAAAGGUGGUCUUCACCAUUUUAAAGGAAGCACUUAUUAUUCAGCAUCAAUAAUUCUAUUUAAUACUUUCUCCCACUUUGCUUUAAUAUCGCUCCCACUUCCCCACUUUGUUUAAAAAGUAUUUUGCCUUUUUUUUCAUUUUACAGUUUGACCUGCCUAGCAACAGAUUACCACAUGUAGGCAAAUUAUCUACACAAGUGCUAGUCUGUUAUUUUGCCCAGGGCCCUUUGAAGUGACAAAGCAUUUUCCUGCCUGGUUCAUUGAGAGAGAAGAUAGAUGGGCCGGUGUGAUCAGAGGACUAUCAGUUGCAUAGGAAGCAAAUAUUUAGAUUGUGCCCACAUCCCUUAUGAUGUACACUUAGGGAACUUCCACUACUGGGCUUUCUGCAAUCAAAGCUGCCUUUUUGUUCAUGCGCUGCAAUGAUUUCUCACAAUAAUUGCACAUAUGAGCCAGGAAGUUGAUUGGAGUUGGGAUGUCAACCUCUGCCUUCCGGAACACUCUCCUGACAUGUUUAUUGAACAAAGCUUAAUAAUUUGUAGUGUAUAAUCGCCUGAAACUUGCGGGUAGGUAUAAAGUAAUUUUUUUAAAUCUGUUUUGUUUGUCAAACGUACAUGUGGUGUCAAUGAACAGUCCAUUCUUGCCAGAUGUAAUAUUGUGCGGUUAGGAGAAGUGAAGGGGGGGUGGGAAGAGAUUCAUCACCAUUACCCCCACCUCAUUCGAAACAGCUCCAUCUUGACAGUUUCCUCUGCCCCACCUGAAAUGGUAAUUGUUUGCGUGGGAAUGAGUGAGCAGGUUCAUAAUGAUACCUGCCAGGCGGUGAUAGAUUGUGACGUAGUCUGGUCACGCUCUGCUGGCGCUGAUGAGGAUGAGAAGUGUUUGCCCAACGCUGCUUGUUGGCCCCUCUAAUAAGCUUCAUUCACUGGGGGAAUGUUCACAGGAGCAGACUGUGUAUUUUGUACUUCAACUAUCAUAGGCUGGUUCGCUUUGCUGUAACCUCUGAGGAUUAGACAGUUGGAUUUUCAGUAGCGAGAUGAAAGCAGAGAUGACAGCUGUGAAGUGGUGUGUACUAAUCCCUGCUUUGAUCCUGGCAUCUCUUCUUGUGGCACCUACAAAUGGCAUAAUUGACACCAUUCCCCCAAAAGUCACCAACUGCCCCCAAGACAUACACAGGACCGUCCCCUUGGGAACCCAGUUAACCCCUGUCUACUGGACCCAUCCCAAGGCAGUGGACAAUUCUGGAGAGGUGGCAAUCAGCUUCAACUUCAGGCCUGGGACCCCGUUCCCCGUUGCCCGUUUACCAGUGCGUUACACCUUCAACGAUGGUGCGGGGAACCAGGCCAUUUGUCAGUUCUGGGUGAUAGUAACAGAAGCUCGUUUCAAUUGUACCACCAAAACGAUUAAGCUUGGUCAUCCAUCUGCCUCAGCCUCACAGAGAAUUACUUCCCCCAAUUACCCAAUGGAAUAUCCCAAGAACACCAACUGCCAGUGGGAGGUGUGGACAUCAGCCAGCAAUGGAACCGUGUCCAGUGGAAUCCUUUUGAAGAUCCAAGAAAUCCAGCUGCAUCCAAGCGACAUCAUUGCCAUGGGAGUGGGAUUUGGUGAAAUGGUAGCCUACAGUGGAAGGGUCCCUCCACGGAUGUUACUUUAUCAGUGGGUGGGACUUAGCAUCAGCUUGCAAACAGGUGGUGGAAGCUUGGCAAAAGUAAAAGGCUUUGUUGUGGAGGUUGAACAAGUUGAAAUUCAAGAUGUGAUUUCAAUUUGCCACGAUGGUUACCAGUGCAGAACGAGUAUCAUCUGCAUUGCCCGCCGGUAUCUGUGUGAUCACAUCAAUGACUGUCCUCUCGGAGAUGAUGAGGAAAACUGCCUUACGUGCCCAGAAAAUGUCACUGACCUACCCUUUCAGUUGACCUUUGAUCCCAGUGACGCCUUUGACCCUAGUGAUGCCCUCCAUAGCAACGCCUACAAGUUGAAUGCAUCCAGUGAUUAUUUGGAGUGGUGUUUCAAUACCUCUAAUGAGUACAAUAUUACUGUAGAGUUUCCUCCAAUGGGAAACGACUACUUAUUAAUUCAGAACCCAUUAGACCCAUUUGGCCAAGAUAUGGUGGCCUUGAAGAGACACAGCACAGCACGUUCCCUCAGUUACAGUGGCAGCUCCUUAGUGGUGAGGCUGUACUCAGACGUGGAAGUAACUGGUGCAGCAUUCUCCAUCACAGUUCAAGAAAGCCUGGAGAAAGGCUAUUGUGAACUGGGAUACCAGUGCGCAGGUUCUCGUUUCUGCAUUGCUCUCAAGAAUGAUUGUGAUGGAGUAAUGGACUGCCCACAAGGAGACGAUGAAGUCAACUGCACACUAAGACGAUGUCCUAAGUCCUGCCUCUGUGAGGGAUCGCCAGGCAACCUGAACAUCACCUUCUGCCAAGAAACCUGGAGCCCCGAGCUGACCAGAUCUGCUCCAGAGGUCACAAGUAAACUGGAGAUAGCCUUGAAGAACAUGGGAAACAUUGAAUCUGGAUUUUUUGAGGGUCUGACCAAUCUAAGAUAUCUACUUGUGACAUCUAGUAAUGUUACCAAUCUUGAACCUGGUGCAUUACACAGCUUGGACAAGCUGGAGUAUUUGAAACUACCAAACAACAAACUGACAAGACUUGGCGGUGAUGUUUUUGCAGACGUCCCCAAUCUUGUGGAGCUGCAGCUAAAGAAUAAUGAGCUUGUGGCGUUGGAACAAGACGUUUUUCGAAGGCAAACAAAGCUGGAGAAAUUGUGA